AAAUCAAUUCAGUCAAUCAAUGAUGCCAUCAUACGUUUCUUUUCUCCAUUACCCUUUUUUUUGCCCUAAAAUCAUAUCUGGGUUUCUGUUUCCUCAUAUGAUUUCUCCAAGAUUUUGAUGCAUUCAUCGCUUACACAUCUCUCAAUUCUCUUCCUGUUGGUGGAUCUGCUCUUUUUUGCUCUCGAUCGAGGGUUUUUUGGGCUUUCAAGUCUCGGAUUACUUUUAGGUCUUCUUCAACUGUACUCAUGCAGAAAUUCUUUGGUGAAGACGUUCUUUACCAUGGUAUGCCAAAAUACCAUGCUUCAGAAGAGUCAAAUCUCUUCUUGUCCCUUGGUCACCAUGUCGAUGUGUACUUCCCCCCUCGCAAGAGGUCAAGAGUCAGUGCCCCUUUUGUGUUCUCUGAACAAACCUUCAUCAAAAAGCAGCAAACCACCAUUGAUGCCCUUCCUGAUGAAUGCCUCUUUGAGAUCUUCAGACGUGUAUCUGGUAGCCAAGAAAAAAGUUCAUGUGCUUUUGUCUCAAAACGUUGGCUCAUGCUUCUAAGCACCAUCCGCAGGGAUGAAGUCAAAGAAACAGUGUCGUCCAUUUCUAACAAGAAACAUGAAGAUCUUGAAAUUAACAACGGGUGCCUCACAAGGUGUUUAAAAGGAAAGAAAGCAACAGAUAUCAGACUUGCAGCUAUCAGUGUUGGAUCAAGUGGUCAUGGAGGUCUUGGUGAUCUUUCUAUUCUUGGAAACAAUGCUAGUAAAGUGACAAAUGUUGGGCUUAAAGCUAUUGCUCAUGGGUGCACUUCUCUUAGAUCUCUUACCCUAUUGAAUCUCUCCUCCAUUAGUGAUGAAGGGAUUGUUGAAAUUGCUAACGAGUGUCACAAUCUUGAAAAGCUUCAACUUUCUCAAUGCCCUAACAUUUCCAACAAAUCUUUAAUCGCGAUUGCAAACAACUGCCCUAAUCUUACAUCACUUUCAAUCGAAUCUUGCUCAAACAUCACGAACGAAGGCCUUCAAGCAAUUGGUCAAAAAUGCCCAAAUUUAAAGGCGAUUUCAUUAAAAAACUGUUCUCAAAUCGGAGAUCAAGGGGUUGUAAGCUUGGUAUCAUCAUCAAGUUCUUCUUUGAUGAAAGUGAGACUCCAUGCUUUAAAUGUUAGUGACACAUGUCUUGCAGUUAUUGGACACUAUGGUAUGUCGUUGACCGAGUUAACUCUAGUUGACCUUCAUAACGUAACCGAAAAGGGGUUUUGGGUCAUGGGCAGCGGUCAAGGAUUACAAAAGCUGAGGUCACUUGUGAUUGUUAACUGUACUGGUGUGACCGAUCUUGGGGUUGAAGCAUUGGGCAGGGGCUGCCCGAAUUUGAAACUUGUUUCCAUUCGGAAAUCAGGUUUAUCAGACAACGGGCUUGUAUCAUUUGCUAAAGCCUCACAAUCACUCGAGACUGUUCUUCUAGAAGAAUGCCACAUCAUCACACAGAUCGGAAUCUUUGGAUUUGUUGUGAAUUCGGGUGCAUUAAAGAAUCUUUCUUUGACAAAAUGUUUUGGGAUUAAAGAUUCACCGAUGAUAAUCCAUUCGGCUUUAUCCCCUUGCAAUUCUCUAAAAUCUUUAACCAUCCGUAACUGCCCGGGAUUUGGAAACUUCAGCUUGGCUUUAUUGGGACGGAUUUGCCCCCAGCUUCAAGACAUUGUGCUGACCGGGCUCUCUGGAAUCACUGAUUCCGGAGUUGCAUCACUCGUUCAAAACUCUGAAUCCGGUCUAACGAAAGUUGAUCUUAGCGGGUGUGUGAAUCUAACGGACAAGAUCGUGUCAGAGAUCUCCAUGGCCCAUGGUGGGACCCUUGAAGUCUUGAAUCUUGAUGGUUGUGGAUUGAUUACUGAUGCAAGUGUGGUGACAAUUACUCAGAACUGCUCAUUACUUAGAGAACUUGAUGUUUCAAAAUCUGCAAUCACUGAUUUUGCAAUUGCAGCAUUGGCAUGUGCUGAGCAUUUGAAUCUUCAGGUUCUUUCGGUUUCUGGAUGCCAGGUUUCAAACAAGAGCUUACCUUUCUUGAAAAAGUUGGGUGAAUCACUUAUUGGUUUGAACAUGAUGCAAUGUCGUGGGGUCACCAGUGCUGCAGUUGGUGCUCUUGAAGGGCAAAUAUGGAAAUGUGAUAUUCUCGUUUAAGUCGGUAAAAUCAGUUAUUAGUUGUUGAGUCGGUGGUUUUUACAGGUCUGUUGCAAAGUGAUUUUCUUGGAAUCACUCCAAAGCUCUCUUUUUUCCAAGAGGUUUGGCUGGUAUCUCUUUUUUUACAGUUUUAUUAAAACUGUUUUUCAAGAAUUUUUGGCCUUGUUUAUAAGGUCUUCUAUUCUUCUUUCCAGCCAAAUUUUCUUGAGAAUACUGAUGCUUGGUUUUGGUUCUUGGAGACAACAUUUGGCAAUGGGUCCUAGUCGUCGUUGGUGUGUGUCAGUUAAUAUAUAUGUAUUGGUGUUUUGUGAUGAUAUGUUUGUUUGUGUCUAGUGUCUAGUGUCUAGUCUUGGUUUUCUGUCAUGGGUUGUUGAAGGUUACAGUUUGUCAGGGAUUCAAGCGGUGGUGGCCUGGUGGUUUUUAUGGGAUUUGGUCAUGGUGGGUGGUUAUUGAGCCUAUUGUGACAACCCCGGUGAGGGUUGUUUUUUUCUUUUACCAAAUCCUGGUUUUUCUGGGCUUCUUACUUGUUUGUAAACUGAUGUGUUUGUAACCUUUUGUGAUGGGAACUUAUAAUAUAAGUACUUGUGUUUAUGUGUCUAA